CCGAGAAAACCUGCAAAUGUGUCGUUGAAAUUUCAUUGUUGAUUCAAUCGUUGUUGAGUUUGGUCGCAUACUAAAUUACAAGUACCUGUCGGUAAUAAUCGUAAUUUGUUAUACCUCUGGGAGCCUUUUAAAAUUUGCCAUUAGCAAGUACCGUGUGACGACGAUUCUUGGGGACCUUAAAAAGUCUCAACGACCCUUUGCUUUCCUGGCGGUGUGUAGCCGAUGGUUGACAGAAGAAAAGUGUGGUGUUUUAUCAAGAAAAAGUAAAAAGUGUGAAAUAGCUAUAAAAAAGUGCAAUGAAAACGACAUCACCCAGCGGAGGUGAUUCCAGCAAUGUCGUCGAUGCAACAAAUGUCGUUCCAACCAAAAAGGACACCGAUCCUGAUGGUCAAACAUCGACCGACGAGAAAAAUCGUCCUCCCGCACCCGUGAUUCGAAACCUGCUUCUGAGGUCCAUGUGCGGGGUCUACCUGGUGGCAUUUUUGAGCUUCUACAUUCAAGCUGAAGGUCUCUUCACCAAUGCUGGAAUAUUACCUGCUAAUCGGAUUCUGGCCAACGGUACCCUCCAGGAACGUUUCAAUCUUCUGCAGCUAGCACCUCUACUUGGUUUGGACACCCAAUCCGCGAUCGAUCUGUUCUGUCUGGUCGGUUGCGUGAUUGCAUUCUUCGGGCUCGUAUUCAAGGAUCUAUGCCGAUUGCAAAGUUUCAUCGCCCUGUGGACUCUGUAUUUUUCGCUGGUUCAGAUUACGCAAUCGUUUCGACAGCAAUCUGAUGAAUUGUUGCUGGAAGCAGGGUUUUUGUGUAUCUUGUUGGCUCCUUCUAAGUUGAGUGACCCAAAAGGACCUAUCGAGGAUAUGGCACUGUUGCUGAUGAAGUGGCUCCUGUUUCGGUUCGUUUUUGCGUCUGGUUCCGUCAAGUUGGCCAGUGGCUGUCCUUAUUGGUGGGACUUGAGCGGAUUGAAGCGGCAUUUUGAAACUAUGCCUUUGCCAACUUCCUACAGUUGGUACACGUUCCAGCAACCAGAUGGAAUCCACAAGCUAAGCACAAUCUACGUUUAUGUGAGUGAGCUAGUUUGCUCGUGGUUGUUCUUCGCUCCGAAUCAAAAAGUGAGGUUGUUUUCGAUUUGGUGGCAGGUGUUUUUACACCUGAACAUCAUCGGCUCAGGAAACUAUGGUUUCUUGAGCUUGAUCGUUUUGACACUGCUGCUAAGCUUGAUCGAUGAGGAGGAAAUGUGGAAAGCUCGAGAACGAGAAAGCUCGGAUAAAACAGGAGGAAUGAUGGUGAAGAUCUUUUCUGGCGUUGUGGUCCUAGGAGUUUGGAUCGUGUUCGGCGUUGGAGUUAAGGAUGGAGGCUUGGCGUUCAAAUUGCUGUUCAAUCGAUCUCAGUACCUCAACAUGAUGCAGAUAAUGCUCCAGCUGGCACCACUGAUGGUCAUUGGGUUCAUGGUGCAAAAAUUCCUAAAGCUGGUGGCUCAACAAACCGGUGCGAGUAAUGUGGCUGACGGAAUACGCAAGCUGAUGGAGAACUGGCAGCUCUUCCUGCCAACUCUAGCGGCGUUCGCAGUCUUGUUCGGCUCGAUCGUUCCGCACUUCCGGUUGACGCAACCCACAGCUCUUACCAACUCGAUCCUAGCAAAACCAUACAACGGACUGCACAGUUUGUACGUUGUCAAUCAAUAUGGGCAACAUUUGGUCAAGAUGCGAUCAAAACGACAGGAAAUCAUUUUGGAGUAUUCCAAUGAUUUAGCCGGACCCUGGUCGGAGUAUGGCUUCCAAUACAAGCCUUGGAACGAAGAAGGAUCGAUGCCCUAUGCGUGGGUUUAUUUUCCAAGGUUCGAUUUCAAAUUCUACGACGCCGUUAACGUAAAACUCAGCUCACAGAAAUGGAUUUACUCAUUGGUUCAGCGAUUAUUACAACAACAACCGGCAGUUUUGAAGCUCCUGGACAAUUCACACAUCCCGGACAAACCUCCCAAGUUCAUUCGAGGAUCAAUCUAUCAAUUCAGCUAUACUUCCUGGUUUGGUGGCAACAGUUCAACCUAUUGGACCCGCCAAAGAACGGGGGAUUACUUCCCCUCAUUUUCUCUAGACGAUGGAUUCUUAGAGCUGAAGCUAAACGACAUCGGAGUACCCGCUCAGCCACAUUCUUCGGAAGCUCUGAACGUUCCCCUGAAAUGGCUUUUGGAUGCAGUGAGGAAUUUCCUCAGCUUCUUCGACGAAUGUUUUCUAGUCAUGGGAACGCUUGCAGCAGCACUGAUAAUGAUAAUUACCCAAAAGCAAUUUUAAAACUCUCAACACAGUCAAUUGUGCACAAAAUUGUUACACCUGAUGAUACCGGUGAGUGUUUUUUCUCUUCUCAAGACUGUACCGUUAUAACUUUAUGCAAGAUAUAUGUCAAAUGCAAAAUUUAAAAAUAAAUAGACCGAUGUCAAUUAACAAUUCGGAUAACAGAAA